GUGUGUGUGUGUGUGUGUGUGUGUGUGUGUGCGCGCACGCGUGUGCAUGCGCACUGCUCAGCCAGACAGCUUCCGUAGGCUGGUUUUGACAGCACCACAAAAGGAGGUGAAAAUGGCUUCAUGUGCAGUUUCCGUUCAACAAACGGCAUCAAAGCCAGAAUAAAGUCAGACCUUGGUCCUGAAGGUAUAUAUUUGACCUCGGAGAGUUUUUUAUGUUUCUGCCUCGAAUGUGUAGAAGAUGCUGCAGUUAGGAGACGGUGCGACCUGCUUUUCGGCUCUGUUUGUGCUCGUGUUGCUCGUCACCAGGAGCACAGUGUGCUCCAUCGGCCUCACCGCUAUUCUCUACCUCUUUCUGUUGGUGUUCCGUUUCCCACAAGUCCCCUCGAGCCGAUCCCGACAGGUGCUGCGUCCCGGGAGGCUCGCGCACGGCGCGGUGUCUGUGGUCGCUCACCGGGCCGGUGCGCACGACGCACCUGAGAACACCAUAGCAGCAAUAAGGGCGGCCAGUGCGAACGGAGCGACAGGAGUGGAGCUGGAUUUGGAAUUCACAGCAGAUGGUGUUGCCAUCCUGAUGCAUGAUGAUACCGUGGACCGGACCACCAAUGGAUCAGGACCACUGAGCAAGCUGCGCUUCUCAGACAUUGUCAAAUUGGACGCCGCUGCCAAACACAGACUCAGCGACCGUUUCCGUGGCGAGAAGGUUCCGACUCUGCAGGAAGCGGUGGAGGAAUGCAUUAAACACCAGCUGAUCAUCUACUUCGAUGUCAAAGGUCACCCAGACGAGGCCGCAGCAGCCUUGAAGCAGCUCUAUGUAAAACACCCGGUGCUCUAUAACUCCAGCAUGGUGUGUUCAUUCGAGCCUAAAGUCAUCUACAGGAUGAGGCAGGCCGAUCCAGAUGUCGUGACCGCUCUGACGCACCGGCCGUGGAGCCUGAGUCACUUCGGUGACGGUUCACCGCGAUUCUCAUCGGCUUGGAAGCAGCGCUGGAUGCAGGUACUGGAUGUGUUACUGGACUGGGCGCAUCAUCACCUGCUGUGUAAACUCUGUGGCGUGUCUGCUUUCCUGCUGCAGAAGAACUACAUCUCCAUGGACACGGUGCAGUACUGGGCCGAGCGUGGCGUUGAUGUCGUGGCCUGGACAGUGAACACGGCCGUGGAGAAGAACUUCUACCAGCAACAACUGAACAUCAACUACAUCACAGACAGUCUGACAGAAGACUUCAGGACAGGAGUCUUUACGUUUCCCGUGACAUGCUGCUGUGAUUUUCAAGUGAAGUAAAAACAGAAGCUGGUGAAGAAGUGUCUGUUUACAGCUGCUUUCACGUAAGGGGAGAACAGGAGUUGACUUGUAUCUAACUUGUUUAAGAGGCUUAAAAAACACUGACACUGGGUGUGCCAUUAUAUGCAAAUUGGUUGUUGUUUCCUAUGACAGCAAGUCACCUGCUGUGUUACACACUUGUUGGUUUUCUCUGUGAGGAAAAGAUUACGCUCACACCCACCCACACCCACACACACAUACACACACACACACACACACACACACAAAACCUCAGUUAAUCCUUUAAACUAUGCCAUAGUGUGUUUAAGGCACUGAACGUACUGUAUCUGUUGUCAUUUCUGAACGAUGGUAUGAUAGACACCCUGUAAUUAACACACAAUUACUUUCUAAGACGGAAAAUUUUGCUCUGUUUCAAUGUACAUUACUCAGGUGAUUAUAUAUGAUAGAUAUAAAAAUAAAUGACAAAGUUUAGGUUUUUGGCUCACGAUUUAGGGUCUUAUUGCAUCAGCGUAUUAUAUUUGUAAAAUUCAUGCUAGGUAAAAAUCCGUCCACAGAAAUGAAAGUUGUUAUUGUUUUCACUAGAAGAUUAGAUCAGGCCGUUUGUAGAUAACAGUAAAAGUAUCUGAGUGUCUGUGAAAGAUAACAUGCUCACCCCCAGAAUCCAGUCUUCCCUCUUACAGACUAUGUGUGCAGUGUGUUUGGUCUUCAUUACGAGUAUUAAGCAAUUUUAACUAAAAAUAAGUCAAUUCUCACUAUCUGACUACUUUCAUCAGUAGCACUGAUCCCACAAUAUACAAUUGUCUGAUAAUAAUGUGUCAGCAGCUACUGGGAGUUAAGAAGUCUCUGAGUCCUGAAACGCAAAGUCUUACAAACCAAAAAUCAAACAAAAUGACUCUGAGGCGCUAUUAGUUAAAGAAGGGUCAAACAUUUACGACACAGAAGCUCAGUUCAAUUGUUGAACCUGACUAAAAGGUUCAUUAGAAUCUGUGUAGUCAUUUAAUUCAGAAGUCCAACUAGGGAGCAAACUAAAGCAACAAACUAUCACUAAACACUAAUUUGUCAUUAGCUAGAUAAAACCUUGACACUACACUUUUUUUAAUUUCCAAAAGAGCCAAUUUAAAGAUUUCACAGAAACGGGUAAAUCGGUGCAUGUUUACUUUAUAAACCAUUUGGCAUUUGUGCUUGAUCUAUGAUGAUCUUUGAUGAAUUCAAAGAAUAAAUGAAGAAGAGUUGUUGAUUGUUGAUUUAACACACUGUUGAUGAUUGAACACACAGAUUGUUGAUGUACACAGAGAUUGUUGAAGAACACACAGAUUGUUGAUGAACACAGAUUGUUGAUGUACACAGAGAUUGUUGAUGUACACAGAGAUUGUUGAAGAACACAGAGAUUGUUGAAGAACACAGAUUGUUGAUGUACACACAGAUUGUUGAUGUACACAGAGAUUGUUGAAGAACACACAGAUUGUUGAUGUACACAGAGAUUGUUGAAGAACACACAGAUUGUUGAUGUACACAGAGAUUGUUGAAGAACACACAGAUUGUUGAUGUACACACAGAUUGUUGAUGUACACAGAGAUUGUUGAAGAACACACAGAUUGUUGAUGUACACUGAGAUUGUUGAUGUACACACAGAUUGUUGAUGUACACACAGAUUGUUGAUGAACACACGGGGUAACAGUUCAGUACUUAAUUGCAUCUUCAUAUUAAUGACAUAUUUAAAAAACGAGUGUAACAUGAAUGAUUCAGAGCAUGUUGUUUACUGUAAAUGAUCAAUAAACUGGUUAAAGAGUU